AUGCAGAGACGUCAAAAAGAAGCAAAAAAAUAUAAAUGCCUGGAGUGUGGAGAAAGUUGUAGGUGGAGUGACAACCUUACUUCCCAUCAAAGAAUUCAUACAGAGGAGAAACCAUAUAAGUGCUUGAAGUAUAGCACCAGCUUCCACCAGAGUGGAAACCUCACUUCCCAUCAGAGAAGUCACACAGGACAGAAACCAUAUAAAUGCCUGAAAUGUGGGAAAAGCUUCAAGCAGAGGGGAAGCCUUAUAUGUCAUUGGAGAAGUCACACAGGGGAGAAACCGUAUAAAUGUCUGGAGUGUGGAAAGUUCUUUACUAGGAAAGGAAGCCUUACAUACCAUGAAAGGAUUCAUAGGGGGGUGAAACCAUAUAAAUGCCAGGAGUGUGGAAAGUACUUUCGUAGCAAAGGAAGCCUUACUUACCAUGAAAUAAUUCAUACAGGGGAGAAACUACAUAAAUGUCUGGAGUGUGGGAAAAGCUUUCGGCGAAAGAAUAUCUUAAUUUUCCACCAAAGAACUCACACAGGAGAGAAACCAUAUAAAUGCCUGGAGUGUGGAAGAGACUUUAGUAGCAAAGGCGGUCUUGCUUACCAUGAAAGAAUUCAUACAGGGGAGAUCCAAUAUAAAUGCCUCAAGUGUGAAAAGUGCUUUAGUAGCAAAGGAGGGCUUAGGUAUCAUGAAAUAAAUCAUACAGGGGAGAAACCAUAUAAAUGUCUGGAGUGUGGGAAAAGCUUUCAACAGAAGUAUUUGUUAACUUUUCAUCAAAGAAUUCACAAUGGAGAGAUCCCAUAUAAAUGCCUGGAGUGUGGAAAGGGCUUUAGUAGAAAACAAAGCCUUACUUUCCAUGAAAGAAUUCAUACAGGAGAGAAACCAUAUAAGUGUCUGGAAUGUGGGGAAAGCUUUCCACGGAAGGAUGCUCUAACUUCUCAUCAAAGAAUUCACACAGGGGAGAAACCAUAUAAAUGCCUAGAGUGUGGAAAAAGUUUUCCAUGGAGGAAUAAUCUAAGUUCCCAUCAAAGAAUUCACACACGGGAGAAACCAUAUAAAUGCCUGGAGUGUGGAAAGGGCUUUAGUAAAAAACAAAGCCUUACUUUCCAUGAAAGAAUUCAUACAGGGGAGAAACCAUAUCAAUGUGUGGAGUGUGGAAAAAGCUUUCGACAGAAGAAUAUAUUAGCUUUUCAUCAACGAAUUCACACAGGAGAGAAACCAUACAAAUGUCUACAGUGUGGGAAAGGCUUCAAUCAGAAGAGAAGCCUUACUGCCCAUCAAGCAAUUCACACUGGUGAGAAACCAUAUCAAUGUCUGGAAUGUGGGAAAAGCUUUCGGCAGAAGAAUAUAUUAACUUUCCAUCAAAGAACGCACACAAUGGAGAAACCAUAUAAAUGCCUGGAGUGUGGAAAGUAUUUUAGUUGCAAAGGAGGUCUUGCAUACCAUGAAAGAAUUCAUACAGGGGAGAAACCGUAUGAAUGUCAGGAGUGUGGGAAAAGCUUUCGAAAGAAUAAUAUAUUAACUUCCCAUCAAACAAUUCACACAGGGGAGAAACGAUAUAAAUGCCUGGAAUGUGGAAACGACUUUCGUAGCAAAGGAAGCCUUACUUAUCACAAAAAAAUUCAUACUGGUGAGAAACCAUAUGAAUGUCAGGAGUGUGGGGGAAACUUCCGAGACAAGAAAACAUUAACUUGCCAUCAAAGAAUCCACACAGGGGAGAAACCAUAUAAAUGCCCAGAGUGCGGGAAGUGCUUUAGUAGCAAAGGAGGCUUUACUUACCAUAAAAGACUUCAUGCAGGAGAGAAGCCAUAUAAAUGUCUGGAGUGCGGAAAGAGCUUUCCACAGAAGGGUUCCCUAACUUUCCAUCUAAUAAUUCACACAGGACAGAGAUCAUAUAAAUGCCUGGAAUGUGGAAAAGCCUUCAGUCGUAAGAGAAGCCUUACUGAUCAUCAAAGAAUUCACACAGGGGAGAAACCAUAUAUGUGCCUGGAAUGUGGACAAAGCUUUCCACGGAAGGAUGCUCUAAUUUCUCAUCAAAGAAUUCACACCGGGGAUACCCCAUAUAAAUGUCUGGAAUGUGGCAAGUACUUUAGUAGCAAAGGAAACCUUACUUACCAUGAAAGAAUUCACAGAGGGGAGAAACGGUAUAAAUGUCCAGAGUGUGGAAAGUGCUUCAGUAGGAAAGGAAGCCUUACUUACCAUGAAAGAAUUCAUACGGGGGAGAAACCUUAUAAAUGCCUGGCGUGUAGGAAGUACUUUAGUAGCAAAGGAAACCUUACUGACCACGAAAGAACUCAUAUAGGGGAAACCCUGUGUUAAUUCCUGGCAUGUUCAAAAUGUUUUCGAUACAUGGAUAAGUUAACAGAAGAAUUUGCACAGGCAAAACCUUAUAAAUGCCUGAAGUGUGGCAAAAGCUUUGGACAGAAGGAUAAACUAACUUUGCAUCCACUGGGAAGAAAGCUUAAAAAUGUCUGGAGUAUAGAAAGACAUUCCAUCAAAGAAAAAUAGAUUUGAAAGUUAGAAAGCAGCCCUGUUUCCUUCAUAAAAAUGCCGUUUUAAACUUUUCUGUUUCAGUAGAAAAGAGAGAUUCCACUCUAGAUGUCCAAAGAAGUUAGGGCUUUUUUUGUAGCAGGAACUCCUUUGCAUAUUAGGCCACACCCACCUGUUGUCGCCAAUCUUCCAAGAGCUUACAGGGCUCUUACUACAGGGCCUACUGUAAGCUCCAGGGGGAUUGGCUACAUCGGGUGGGUGUGGCCUAAUAUGCAAAGGAGUUCCUGCUACAAAAAAAACCCCCUGACAGUAGCUCACAAAAGCACCUCCCUUGUCACAAAUUUGUUAGUCUUUAAGGUACUCCGGGGUUCUUGCUCUUUCCUACGGCUACAGACCUAGCGUGGCUACCUGUCGCAUUCCGUUUCACACCUGGGGAAUGCUAGCAUUGUGGGAGUCUUCCUUCAACCCCUUGUUCCUUUCCUUGGCAACUGCGUGAGUGAAUUUGCUGUGUACAUGUCGCUGUCCGUCUCACCCGCGACCUUUGCGCAGACGAGCAGAGCAGUUGCAGUAGAUCUGUUGAGAGAAGCCGUCCCGUAGACCUUAAAACCUGAAAGAGGUUGUCAGUAAUGUCCAGCACCUAAGCAGAAUCUCAAACGUUCUGUGCCUCGGCCAGAAUAGUAAUCAGGCGGCAACAUUCUCUACCAGCUGGAGAUUUCGACUUCAAGGGUGGACCCACGUAGAGCAUAUUAUGGCAGACUGGCUUCUUGAUCACUUUGUGUUUGACUUUCAUUGCGCGCAUCGAUUCAAGCGUUGAGCUUCAAUAAACUGGUGAAACAAUUGGA